CAACUUCAAGAUCGCUAGCAAAUGGAAGUCUAUGGGGCGUACGGCGACGGCGUGGCGCGCAUUCGCGGGGCGGUGAUGGAGAACCAGGUGCGUGACGACCGGAAGGCAAGAGCUUGGUUAUGUGUGGCGUUUAACGCUCUUCUGGUUGUUAGCUGCAAAUGCGACAGGUGGAAGCGUCUUUGUUGGGGUUCCAGAAGGGUCUUUUGGGCGUCGAGAGGGAGAUGAUGCCAGUCUACAAGCUCACAGAGCAACUACGAGGCACACAGAAGAACAUCGACUUGAGUGUAUUGGCACUACGUCAGAUCAAUGAGAACUUUGUGGUGGCGCACGAGCUCGCUCCUGUGCUGCUUAACGGUUCCAAGUUCGACCAAGACGAGUAUAUCAAGGCUCUGCAAAAACUUCUAGUGGCGACUGCAUUCCUGGAGGGCCAUCGCUCGUAUGAAGGCUCGGUGAAGGCUCUGGAUCAAGCCAAGGAGCUGCUCGUCCAGGUGCGACGCAAAUGUUUGGCAGAUUUUGUCAGCAUCGUGAGUGUGUUAUCGAGAGGGGAGCGAGAGAACGAUGGGGCCUUGAAAUGGGUGGAACCUAGCAAGCACGACGUUGCUAGAGCUGCUCAGCUACUGGACUGUCUACUGAUAUCUGGUGUCGAUCAAAAGGAGCUGCUCCGAGAGUACGGGAAACAGCGCUUUGAUGCGAUCAGGAUGUUCGUGGGUGAAGAUCCUUCUGGAGGCUCCAUGGUCUUUGAUUUAAACACUCCUAUUACAACUCUGGCCAAGCAUCUGAACGACUUUCAAGUGACUAUUGAGGCGGAGAGGAUGCUGGCGGGGCUCAUUUAUUCGAAUGAAGAUCUGGCCAAUGCGGCAUUUCGUUACGCUGCGCACCAGGUGUUGGAGUCUUGGAAGAAGGAUAUCGACGUAUCAUUGCGCUCGUCAAAGCAAUUGGAUGCCGUCAAACUGCUACUGGUUCACGACUUGUUACUAUCUCGACUUAAAGCGCUUGAGUCAGCAGUACUUCCACCUCUGUUGCUACGUGAUCGAGAGGGGAAAGGACUUGAAGAUCCGUGGAUACUGUCGAAGGCUGUGAACGCCAUUGUCACUGACCUCGCUGAGACUGCCAAGCAAAAGCUAUUCAACUUCCAGCCUGGCCUGGUCGAGGCUUCAGGAGACCGGACAGUCACCAGAGAUGGCAAUGUCCACCCGAUUUCCAGUCACACCCUCAAUUUCUUGCGAAAGGUGUGUGAACAAGCGAAACCUUUGAAGAUUCUGCUGGCGAGGGACGCGGAUGUAAGCGCCGUCGCGUUUGUUGACACUGCCGUCACCCAGCUCAUCGGGGCUCUCACAGCAAAAGCCGAUCAACUAAAAGGACGAGAAAGCUUAAAGCAACUCUUCCUUAUCAACAAUUUUGGCUACGUUGCCAAUUCGCUCCCACACUGUAUCCAGCCUGAGGAUGCAGAUCUGGAGAAGCAGCUUCAUAGCCUAAUUAAACCGCGUGUGGAGAUGAUGCGAAAUGACGCUCUUGGAGCUUUCAUCCACCUAAGCUACGUCUCGUUCAAGGAAAACUUGAACGACCCCACUGAAAAGUUACAGUACGCGAAGGGAGGCAACGUCUUGACGCUCGAAAGCGGCAGGUUGCUCAAGGAAAAGUACUCGGUAAGCCUCGUGUCCUCAUGUUCUCAUUGGGAAUUGCUUAACACUGCGUUUGUUUUCAGAAAUUUAAUGAACAGCUGGAAGAACUUCACAAAACGCAGAGGACUUACGUGGUGGCUGAAGUUCCUAUACGUCAGCACUUGAUUCGCACUGCAGUCGACACAAUCAUCCCAUCAUACAAGGCAUUCUACGAAAAAUACUCGGUCAUCCAGUUCUCCAGAAAGCACGCUUCCAGAUACCUAAAGUACACUCCUCAAGCAGCUCAGAAUCUGUUGAAAGAGUUGUUUUCCGGGGAGACUAGUCCAGGAGACAAACUCAGUGAAAUCAGUUCGUCGUAGCAGUCAUCACUGAAUCGGAAGUCGAUGGAUUGUAUUGGUGGACGCUUCAGCGACUAUUACAUAACUUUCAUCAGCACUAGCAGCACAGAAGAAAUCAGUACGAAACUAGCAGGAAUCAUCAAUCGAUCGACGUGAAUUUACCUUAGGCAGAGGCCUGUUAUUUCUGUGCCAGGAAUCUCCAUAGUUUGCUUCAAAAUUCCAUCCAAUCCGAUAAUGGAAAUCUUCCCGUUGCUAGCGCCCCCACCUGAAUAAAACGU